AUGGCCUGGGCGGCGGGGGGGAGCUGCCACCCGCACGGCCGGCUCUCGGCGCACACGCUCCUGUUCGACCUGCCGCCCGCGCUGCUGGGCGAGCUGUGCGCGGUCCUGGACAGCUGCGACGGCGCGCUGGGCUGGCGCGGCCUGGCGGAGCGGCUUUCAAGCAGCUGGCUGGAUGUUCGUCACAUUGAAAAAUAUGUAGACCAAGGGAAAAGUGGAACAAGAGAAUUACUUUGGUCCUGGGCACAGAAAAACAAGACCAUCGGGGACCUGCUACAGGUUCUUCAGGAGAUGGGGCAUCAGCGAGCUAUCCAGUUAAUUACAAACCAUGGAACAACUGUGAAUCCUUCAAAACAUAGCUUUCAAGAAGAAGGAGUUUCUAACAUGUCACCUAAGGAAACAACCAAUGUCACAUCAGAUGAUGUUCUUAUUCCUGAACGUAAUAAAAAAGGAAUACCAUUUAAAUCUUCCAUCAGCUUUCAAAACGUUCUAGAGGGAACAAAAAAUUUCCACAAAGACUUCUUAAUCGGAGAAGGGGAGAUGUUUGAGGUAUACAGAAUGGAACUCCAAAACCAAGCAUAUGCCAUUAAAUUAUUUAAACAGGCAAAAAAUGUGCACUGGAAGAAACAAUGGAAGAAGUUUUUAUCUGAGCUUGAAGUUUUAUUACUGUUUCAUCAUCCAAACAUAAUAGAGUUGGCUGCAUAUUUUACAGAGACUGAAAAGUUCUGUCUGGUGUAUCCAUAUAUGAGGAAUGGAUCACUCUUUGACAGAUUACAGUGUGUAGAUAACACAGCUCCACUCUCUUGGCACAUACGAAUCAGUGUGUUAAUAGGAACAUCCAAAGCCAUUCAGUACUUGCACAACACGGAACCAUGCUCGGUCAUCUGCGGCAGUAUAUCAAGUGCGAACAUACUUUUGGAUGAUCAGUUUCAACCCAAACUAACUGACUUUGGCAUGGCACACUUCCGGCCCCACCUAGAACACCAGAGCUCUACCAUAAGCAUGACCAACAGCAGCAGUAGACGCCUGUGGUACAUGCCAGAAGAGUAUAUCAGGCAAGGCAAGCUGUCCAUUAAAACAGAUGUCUACAGCUUUGGAAUUGUAAUCAUGGAAGUUCUCACAGGUUGCAAAGUAGUGUUAGAUGAUCCAAAGCAUAUUCAGCUGAGGGAUCUCAUUAUGGAAUUGAUGGAGAAGAGAGGCCUUGAUGCAUGUCUCUCAUUUCUAGAUAAAAAAGUGGAUCCCUGUCCUCGAAAUUUUUCUGCCAAGCUGUUCUCUUUGGCAGGCCAGUGUGUGGCAACGCGGGCAAAAUUGAGACCAUCAAUGGAUGAAGUCCUAAGUACUCUGGAAAGUUCCGAAGCCAGAUUACAUUUUUCUGAAGAUCCUCCCACCUCACUGAAGUCCUUCCGAUGGCCUUCUCCUCUUUUCUUGGACAACGUACCAAGUAUUCCAGUAGAAGAUGAUGAAAACCAGAGUAAUCGAUCACUGCCUCAUGACAGAGAGUUCAAGAGAGAUAGAAUGACUCAGAAAAUUCCCUUUGAAUGCAGCCAAUCUGAGGUUACGUUUCUGGGCUCGGACAGAAGAAUGGGGAGUAAGAGAAAUGAGGAUGCUUGCAAUUUGCCCAGUUCUUCUUGAGAAGCGGGUUGGUCUCCAAAGCAUGCAGCUCCACCCCUGGACUCAAGGGCCUGCCAUAUGAAUAUGAACCCUGCUGCAGAGGCCCCCAGACAUUCUUACAGGAGCAGGCCAGUGGAGACUAGCUGUUCCUCCAGAUUUUCCUGGACUGAAUGUGAACAGUGUGAAAAGGAAUCCAUUUCACCAGAAUAUGAACAAAAAAAACAAGCAUUGUGAAGGCACCUGAGUGUGGGCAUCAUAUGGAAAACACACUGUCUCUGAAAGAAAUUCCAAGAGGUGGGGAAUGCAGGCCAGCAAUCUGGACCAUCCAUUCCUUCCUUCCCAAUUCCCAAAUUCAAGUUGUUUAACAAUGGUUUUAUCAGGGUAAUUGUCUUUUUAUCAAACGUAAGCUAAAAUAGUCUUUCUUAAAAUGGUAGGCUCCAACUUCAAACAAAACAAUCAAAACCUGCCAAAAGGGACUAGAUUUUAAAGUCUUUUCUAUCAUCAAUGUGAGUCCUCAAAGUCUAUUAAGUCUACCAAAUCAUUCCAUUGGAUUCCAUUUUUGGUUUAACUUGCUAAGGAAGAUUGUAGGAAAUGUCUAACUUGUUAAUUGUUAAUAGAUGAUUUUAAAUGAUGAUUUUUCUAUUUAUCUAUUUUUCUAUUUAUCCCUGUCAAGUCUGUCUGUCUACAGAUAUGCCAGGUUCACCCUUUGGGUUCUUGCCCAAGAUCUGUAUUUCUGUAUUUAAACUCUUAAAAUGAUAUCACAUAUACUAUGGUUGUUGACUGUUACUACAAAAUUUUAAAUAAACUUUGAGACUAUUAUAUCCUGAGUAGAAUGCAGUAUUUUUAAUCAAGUCAUUUUUGUUCCUGAGAAAAUGGUCACAAGGGCCAGGUCAGCUUUUGUUUGAUUCUAUGCUUUCCAAAUCCGUUCAUUUACUCUUGUUAUUUCCUGGAUCUUCCCCCUUCAAACUC